CCUGGUUCUGGAAAAACAACAUUAUGCAAGUCCAUUGCUCAAAAGGUAUCAAUACAACAUGGUAAAGGUGUCUUCAUUGAAUUUCAAUGUUCAAAAGUGUUUUCAAGAUUCUUUGGUGAGAGUUCCAAAAAUUUAGAAAUGAUUUUUAAAGAUUUGAGAAACUUGAUUGAACAAAAUCCCAACCUAUUGAUUAUAAUAUUGAUUGAUGAGAUUGAAACAAUUGCAAGCUCAAGAACAAAUCUUUUAAAACAAAAUGAAACAAAUGAUGGUAUAAGAGUUGUCAACACAUUAUUAACACAACUUGAUCAAUUAAAGAAAUUUGACAAUUUUCUCAUUUUAUCAACUUCAAACAACAUUGAUUCAUUAGAUUCAGCGUUCCAAGAUCGUUGUGAUGAAACAUUUCAUAUUAAAACACCAAAUUCAGAAGCUGUUUACCAAAUUUUAAAACAAUCCACAAAUGAAUUAAUUGACCACAAAAUCAUUAUUCACCCUGAACUAUUGUCAAAUAGUGAAGACGACCAUCAUAAUUUGCUAAAAGAAGUCAGCAGAAUCUUAUAUCAAAAGGGAUUCAGUGGGAGACAUCUUUCAAGACUUCCAAUGAUGGCAUUAGCCAAA